CUCUGGGGCACAGCAUGAUGUCAGGCUCACAAACGGCUUCUCUGGAACACCCAUGCCUCAGCUGAGCGGACCUGGAGAGACGUCCACAGAGCUGUGAGUUGAUGUACUGCUCCUCUAUACCACAACUCUGCUUGGCAUUUAAGCAGCAGCCACUUCACUGCAAAGACGAUCACUCCAUCUGAUCUUUGUUUUUCAAGGAUUGGUGGAAAUGAAAGGUUGGACGGAGAAAUUUACAUUUAAUCCUAAAGAGGGGAUAGACAACCCGCUGAUGGUCAUCACAGAAGAGUCGACACCCAGGCCACGUCUGUGUGUGCUCAGAAAGGAGGAAGGCCAGUCUUACGGCUUUCAUCUGCGGCUGGAAUGGACACAACAAGGUCACAUCAUCAGAAAGGUGGUUUCAGGGGGGGUGGCGGAGCGUUGCGGACUUGAAGAUGGAGACAGGCUUCUUGAGGUCAACAACGUCUAUGUUGAGGAUGCUCCUCACCAGGAGGUGGCCAAGAGAAUCAGGCUGAGUGGACACCACUUAUGUUUGUUGGUGCUGGACGGAGACGAGUAUGAGAAGGCAGUGGCCUGGGGUCAUGACCUCCGUGACGUCGCCAGAACGCAUAAGGGUGACAACUCGGAACCGCCAAGGCUGUGUCACAUCAUCAGGGAUCCUGUCUCGGGUCUGGGCGUCAGCUUCACACCCGUGGGAGCUGAAAAAGGUUGCUUCUCUGUGAACCUGGUUGCUGGCGGGGCAGCCGAAAAGGCUGGAGUGCGUAAGGGGGAUCGCUUGGUGUGGAUGAAUGGAGCCGCAGUUUCCGAUCUCACACACUCAGCACUCAGGAGGAUGAUGAAAAAGUGUGGCACUCACAUCACCAUCCUCGUGAUCGACAGCGAGAGUGAGAAGAAAUACGCCAAGUUAAAUAUGCCCGUCCUCCCUUGUAUGGCCGUUGCACAUAACCUACCCUACAGCUCCAGAAAACUACACUUGGACUCUGCACCCGAGGGCUACGGCUUCCUGCUUCGCUUCGAAAGGGCGCCAUCGGGACGCACCGCUCAUGUGGUGCGCAAGGUGGACGCUGGCAGUCCAGCGCACAAGGCAGGGAUGCGGGACGGUGAGGUGCUGCUGGAGGUCAACGGGGUGUCAGUGGAGUCGCUGCAGCACGAUGAAAUUGUCAAGACAGUGAGAGCGAGCGGCCGACACAUCUCAUUCACUACUAUUACCCCUCAGGGUCAAGAGUUUUAUACGCAGUUAGGUCUGCCACCUCUCCUCUUCUGCGAGGAUGACGUUAUUGAGACGGGCAGCAGUGAAGCAGUCCAGGCAGCAGAGCAUUACCCACAAAAGGAUACAUCAUGUGAUCCGUCCAAGCACAGCAGGGUCUGCUCUCUCCAAAAAGGUCCCUUGGGAUUCGGCUUCAACCUUGGCUGCGUCCCACAGCGUCCUGGGACCUUCGUCAGUCAAGUGGCUGCCGGCAGUCCGGGGGAGAAAGCAGGACUAAAUGUGGGCGAUGUUGUAGUGGAAGUUAAUUGGCAAAAUGUGGAGGACCAAUGCUUGGAAGAUGUGGUCAAACUGGUGACGGAAGGCGGACAAGAGCUUUGCUUACGGGUCACGGAUAACGUGAGCUGUGAAAGAACCAAACAGGCUGACACACAUGCCGUCACCAACAGUAGGAAGACACGGAGGACUCACGUUUAUGACAAGAACAACAUGACUAAAACAAAUACAUCAACAUACUUGGACCUCUAAUGGGACUUGAAACUCCUACUUUUUUUCAUCCCAACGAGCUGCAUGGUCACUUUGAAGGACUUUAUCACAAGAUCUCACGUAAAACAUGCUAACAUACAUCACCUAGCUGUGGACCGCCUUGCUCGUAGUUGUAUUUAGUUGUCGUAAUGUCGAAUGCAUGUUCAAUCCUAUCAGCAAAUGUUUCCUUUUGGAAGUGACCAGCAGUAAAGUACGGAUGUUAACCCUGCAAAUGACUGUACGGUCUGCUGUGUUGCCUGUGGAAGAUGCAUGAACAUGUUUGUGUCGAAAUGUCUGCAUGCUUGUU